AUGUUUCGACCGUGGACACUUCUGCUCCUUCGGCUUGAGCUUGCUUCAGCAGCCGAUGUGACCAGACUUGUAGACUGUUAUCCUGAGCCUGGGGCUACUGAGCCGUCGUGCCAGGCAAGAGGCUGCAUUUGGCAGCAAGCCCCUCCGGACGCUCCAGAAGGUACUCCAUGGUGUUUCUAUCCUACCGCUUCGGGGUUCCUAAUGAUGUCUAAGGUUUCUCCCACCAAUUACCUAUUGACGUCAGCCACCAGCAACCCGUAUGGCGGCAAUAUCUCUCCACUGAAUGUGUCUACUCAAACUAAUGGAGCAACACUCUUCGUGACGAUCGGAAACGAUGAC